AUGGAGAGAGAUCAGAUAUGGCCGUUAGCUUCGGGGUCUGACCGUCCAAGCAGCGACGACGAAGAAUCGCAUUCAAACACAAAGGAGAUCCAUCGGAAACGGCUCAUAAGAAAGUGCUGCGGUUGCGCCGCCGCUGUGCUCCUCGUCGCGGCCGCUCUAAUCGUCACCCUCGCCUUCACGGUUUUCAAAGUAAAGAACCCCGUUAUCACGCUCAACGGCGUGAACAUCGAAAAGUUGGAGUUCCUCAACGGCACGUCAAUGCCUAAGCCCGGUUCUAAUAUGACACUAAGGGCCGACAUUUCCGUUAAGAAUCUGAACUACGCAUCGAUGGAGUACGGCAACACGAGCAGCAGCCUGUUGUACCACGGCACGGUGGUUGGCGAGGCGAGGGGUCCGCCGGGGACCACGAGAGCGCGGCGAACGGCGCGGAUGAACAUUACAGUGGAUAUCAUGACGGACCGGAUCGUGUCUCAGCCGAGCUUAAGUGGGGAUAUGAGUAAGGGAAUGCUCACCAUAAAUAGUUACACCAGAGUGGAAGGGAAAGUGAAGUUUUUGAAAGUGAUAGAGAAGCAUUUGGUGGUGAAGAUGAAUUGCAGUGUGAGUUUGAAUGUGAGUAGCAGACAAAUUCAGCAUCAGGAAUGCCAGCGCCGAGUCCAGCUCUAG